AUGACAGCUGCUUCCAACACUAGCGCGAGCCAAUCCCAGCAGUCGGGGCGGGACAAGCGCCUGGAACGCUUCGUUCGGCCGCGAGGCGUGAUGGAUGUGAGCCGAGGGCUGGAGAACUUGCCCGUGACGGUUUGGCCGCGGCUCCAGGAGCCGCCGGGAUUCCAGUAUAGUCCAGAUCACGUGGGUGCUGCAGGAGGUGGACCAGACCCCUCUGAAAUCUCCUUUCCUGGAUGCCGCUGCCAGUCUGCUUCCUGCCUGGCUUCCAUGUGUUCGUGCCUUCCUUAUGGAGAAAACUAUAAGAAUUCAUGCAUCAACUAUGAAGGGAAUGAACUAGAGUAUUCAAAGCCUAUUUUUGAAUGCAACACUAUGUGCCAAUGCGGAGAGUCAUGCCAAAACCGGGUGAUUCAGAGGGGCUUACAAUUCAGACUAGAAGUCUUUAAGACAGCAGACAAAGGAUGGGGUCUUCGCACUCUGGAUUUCAUACCCAAAGGCCGAUUUGUGUGUGAAUACGCUGGGGAAAUCCUCGAUUUCAGAGAAGCAUGUCGAAGGGUACGGCUGCAGUCACCGAGUGAUUCAAAUUACAUAAUAGCCAUCAGGGAACACUCGUGUGAGGGACAGAUCACGGAAACGUUUGUUGAUCCCACGUACACAGGGAAUGUCGGCCGGUUCCUGAACCACUCCUGUGAGCCAAACCUGAUCAUGGUCCCAGUCCGCACGGACUCUGUGAUGCCGAAGCUGGCACUUUUUGCCGAUCGGGAUAUCUUAGCAGAAGAAGAACUUUCGUACGAUUAUUCUGGAAGACAUCGCAAUUACUCACCAGAUUUGCAAAGAGACCAGGAGAAGCUGCCAAGAGAGGAAUGGAAGAAAAAGCCCUGUUAUUGUGGGGCCAAGUCAUGUACAGGUUUCUUGCCAUAUGAUGGUUCUUUAUUCUGUGAACAAGACACCACAGGAUGCAUGAAAGAAACACUAUGA